AUUUGGCAGUUUACUGAUAAGGCAAUGUUUACUACAAAGUGCAGGAAAAAUUUCCUUUCGUGGUCUAUCAGGUUAAUGAAAAGAUGGCGAUCUCUGCGCUGCAAAUGCGCAGGAAUGGAGUUCGUAUCAGUACGCGUGCGAACGAUAACUCCUUUAUCAGCGGAACAUUUUAUAUAAAACCCGGAGACAUUUACUGUUUGGGCAUUAGUUUCAAUCACUUGAAAUCAUGAAGGCUUUCAUCGUUCUGGUUGCUCUGGCUCUGGCCGCCCCCGCUUUCGGUCGCACCAUGGACCGUUGCUCCCUGGCCCGCGAGAUGUCCAACUUGGGCGUUCCCCGUGACCAGCUGGCUCGCUGGACUUGCAUUGCUGAGCACGAGAGCUCCUACCGCACCCACGUGGUUGGACCCACCAACUACAACGGCUCGAACGACUACGGCAUCUUCCAGAUCAACGACUACUACUGGUGUGCUCCUCCCUCUGGACGCUUCUCCUACAACGAGUGUGGUCUCAGCUGCAAUGCUCUGUUGACCGACGACAUCACCAACUCCGUCCGUUGUGCCCAGAAGGUGCUCAGCCAGCAGGGAUGGUCUGCCUGGUCCACCUGGCAUUACUGCAGCGGCUCCCUGCCCUCCAUCGACAGCUGCUUCUAAGCAGUUGCCUACCCUGACUCGUUCUAAAAAUAAAAUAUCAGCAUAAAAUGAA